AUGGCUUAUGAUGACUCCAAGAACAAAGAAGAGUUCCUAGAGAGCGACCGAAGUGUUGAUGACGUGGGGCUGGCAACUGGCAGAUUACAGCGAGAGAAAAAGCGCUCUUACAAGGAUUUGCUGGAAGAGGAAGAUGAGAUAGCAACUCAGGUCAGGAAGCCCUCAGAGGAGAGGCUAAAGGACAGUGAGCUUUUUCCGGGGACAGAACCUCACAAAAAGAAGAGAAAGCACUCCUCCGAUGAGUUCUGCUACAGAGGUGUUUCGCCUUUGGAUCUACCAUCAAAGAAGAAGAAAAAAGCAGUUUCUAGCCCAUCCUCAGCUGAUACAACCAUGGAUUUACUCAAGGCUAUCACCUCACCUUUGGCCACAAGCUCAAAGUCUUCAAAGAAGACCUCUGAAAAAUCAUCUUACUCUUCCUCUGGCCAUUCCGAAAGCAAAAAGGAGCACCACAAGAAGAAGCUGAGUGGGAGCAGUGGGGAGCACUCUGUGGACGAUGGCAGCUUCCACAAAUCUAAAAAAAUGAAGCCUCUCUAUGUGAACACAGAGACACUUACUCUUCGUGAACCUGAUGGCUUGAAGAUGAAGCUCAUCCUUUCACCGAAAGAGAAGAGCAGUGCAGCAGAUGAUGAUUCUUUCUCCUAUUCUUCAGCACCAGCAGCUGCAAAGAAAUCUUCGAAGAAAUCGGCUCGAGAUGAGCAAGGCUCAUUCCUUUUGGGUCAUGAGCUGCAGAGCUUCCUAAAGUCAUCCCGGAAGAAGCACAAACCACCUCCGGACUCACAUCCACCUUCUGAGAGUUUUGGUGCUGACACCUCCCUUUAUUCAGAGGGCCAUGGGAGCGAGUAUGAGAUUUCAGGUAUGGAGGCACAACCAGAAUCUGGUUCCUCUUCUGGUGGAGAGUUGGAGGCUGGAGAGCUAGUAAUAGAUGACUCCUACCGAGAAAUCAAGAAGAAAAAGAAGUCAAAAAAAAGUAAGAAAAAAAAAGACAAGGAGAAACACAGAGAGAAGAAGCACUCUAAGUCUAAAAAGAGUUCUGGGCAUGCCUCUGUGGCAGUAACAGAAGUAACAGUGUCACCACCACCUCCUCCCAGUACCGCCUAUGUUCUUUCUCCACCUCCUCCUGCUGUUUUUCACUCAGAUGGUCAAGGUGAGAAGAGGAGGAAAAAGGAAGACAAGGAUAAGGACAAAGAAAGAGAAAGAGAAAAACCAAAGAAGAAAAACAUGUCUGCCUAUCAAGUGUUCUGUAAGGAAUAUCGUACAACUAUUGUGUCUGAGCACCCUGGAAUAGAUUUUGGAGAGCUAAGUAAAAAACUGGCAGAAGUGUGGAAGCAGCUACCUGAGAAGGAUAAACUGAUCUGGAAACAGAAAGCUCAGUAUCUCCAACACAAGCAGAAUAAAGCAGAGGCCACCACUGUGAAGAGAAAGGCAUCAUCUUCAGAUGGUGCACCAAAAAUAAAGGCUUCUCCAACAGGAGUCAUUUCCCCUCAUAAGAAGUCCCCCACCAGCACUAUGGUGGUAUCUUCCUCACCAGCCAAAGUCCCUGAGACAGAUCCUAUUGAUGUAGCUGCACACUUACAGUUGCUGGGUGAAUCUCUGAGCCUCAUUGGACACAGACUGCAGGAAACAGAGGGAAUGGUGGCUGUUUCAGGAAGUUUGUCGGUACUUCUAGAUUCAAUCAUCUGUGCUUUGGGCCCAUUAGCAUGUCUGACCACGCAACUGCCAGAGUUGAAUGGCUGCCCUAAGCACGUUUUGUCAAACACACUAGACAACAUCGCCUACAUCAUGCCUGGACUUUGAUGGGAAAGGAUUGUGGGAUGUACUCGACCUCUGCAUAACUGACUUGUGUACAUAUGCACUACGCCGGCACUCCCAAAGGGCUCCGUGUGUAGGGUUUUAAAGUUUUAUAUCUGUAUAGUAUAUACAUAGGA